UUUGAUCACUUAUCAACAAUUCCACAUCUUUUGGGCACACUUCUUUGGCAUCUGACUGGCGUCUGGCGAUUUUUCCGAAAAACUAUUUUCUGACCACGAAUAACUUGUAUUUAAUUGCCGCUUGACAAGAAUUAUCUGUUAACAUGGAUCUCAGCGGUCCACAAACUCUAGAAAACAUACUUCUGCCCGUGGAGUUGUCUCUUGUGCCGGAGGCCGUGCAAAAAAAAUUGUCCGAGUACAUUAAGACAUUUUCUGAUGAGUAUUGCAAGGAACGCGCCGCAGCCAACCGCUUGGGCGCAGCAGAACAAACCUGCGAGGAGCUGCAGAACAAAGUGGAAGACUACCUGGUGAAGUUCAACAACUUCGAGCAGAAUGUUAAUGAACUCCGCACGCAACUGGACCAAGUAUCCGCAGAAAGAGCCCAGCUUUUGGAAACGGUCAGCAGCUAUGAACAGAGCGUUUCCCUGCUACGGAAGGAGAAGUCGACGGCCGUCGAAGAGCGUGAUUCGCUAAUGAAGGUCAUCGAGCGGCAACAGGCAGAGCUAGACAGACUGAAGCAGGAUCUGCACACCUACCAGCAACAGUUGAGCAGCGCCAUCGCCGCCAAGUGCGAGGCCAUUGCCCGUGUGGAUGAGAUCCAGAGCAAGGAGGUGUCGCUUGAGAUGAAGGAACGCCGGCUGGAGAGCGAAAGAGCCAUGCUGCAGCAAGAGAACCAACUGCUCAGUAGUGACCUCAACCGAAACAACGCCGAGCUGCAGAACAUUCGACGCGAGCACUCGCUGACCAUCAUGCAGUUGGAGUCGCGGCUGAAGGAGAAGACCGAUGUCCUGCAGAUAGUGCAAAGCCAGCAUGCCCAAGCCACAAAAACCAUCGAAGAGCUGAACCGGAAGCUGGAGGAGCAGAAUGAAAACAUCUACCAGCACAACCAGGCCACCGAGCUGUAUGUGGAAACGUUGAAGAAGGAGCUCGACGCCAAGGACAAGCUAUUCGAAAUAUUCAAGAGCACUGAGGAUGAAACCCUGGCCGAGCGAGAUGAGCUCCUGCAAGGCAUUUCCGAACUUAAACGUCUGCUCAAUGUCGCUUCGGAUGAGUACGGCCAGUUGGAAGCGGAGAAGGAGGCCCAAAAGAACUCCCACGCUGCAGAGGUGGAAGGCCUCAAUAAAAAGAUCUCCGACAUGAAGACUGAGAUCGACCACGCCAAUGAUCUGCUGAAGGAGAUCCAGGAGCGCAGUCUGGAGAGCGCCAUUUGCCAAAUUGCUCCUAGUGCCGCACUAGCCACGCGGAUUAUGCGAUCCGAUCUGUCACUCACCGAACUCUACUCCAUGUAUGCCAAGAGCAGUGAGGAACUGGAGUUGCGCAACCGCGAGAUUGAGCAGCUUAAGCUCCAAAUGAAGUCUAUUCUGGAUGAGAUCAACGAGAAUGCUCCCAUCCUGCAGAAGCAGGGAUCCGACUACAACAAGCUUAGCGAGGCACACGCUUUGCUUAUCCAAGAGCGCGAUGAGUUGGUCGAAAAGAAGCUCUUCUUGGAGCACGAACUGGAAAGAACAACCUUCAACUUGAAGCACACCCAGAAGGAGGCCAAGAAGCUGAAGCAAACGCACUGCGAUCUCAGUCGCCAGGUGUGUGUGCUGCUCGAUGAGCUCAACUGCCUGCGGGCUGGCGUUCCGCGUAUGCAACGGAAGUCCGAUCGCGACGACAACGAGGAGAUAACUAGCGAAACCGUAAUUACCAGAAACUUUGUCACCUUUGAUUCGAUUCGGGAGCUGCAAGAGAAUAAUAUGAAGCUGCUUGCCUUGAGCCGCGACCUGAGCUCUACUUUGGAAGAGUACGAGAAGAGCAAUGACAAAUUGUCGCUGCAGAAAUCCGAAGAAAAGCUGAAGAGAGCCGACGAGCGAUUCGCCGAAAUGGAAGAGGCCUUGGUACAGAAGAACACCACCAUAACUACUCUGCUCUCCAAGUGCGAGCGCUACAAGAAGUUCUACUUUGCUGCCCAAAAGAAACUCGGACAGAAGACUGUAGAUCUGGACAACUCUAAUAUUGACCUUAAUGAUUCCGUGAUGGAUACGUCUACGAAGUCUGCCGCCCAACUGGAGGAAGAGCGGAAGCUGGAAAAGCGUGUUCGUGGCUUGGAGAUGCAACUGGAGGAGGAGGUCAAGAAGUAUGCAGCUUUGAAGGAGAACUACGACUACUACACUAACGAGAAGCGCAAAAACGACGCUCUGGCCCAGGAGCAGUUCGACUCCAUGCGAAAGGAGGUGCGCGAACUGACAUCCUGCAACUGCAAGCUAAUGAAUGCCACCGAGUUCCAAAAGGAACAAAUAGAAUUGCUGCACAAGAACAUCGAUACCUACAAGCAUCAAGUAUCUGCGCUGGAGGAGCGAACAAAGAGCUACGAGAAGACCAUCAUAAAACACGAGCAGACCGUGCUCAUGCUUAAGGACGAGGUGAUUGCAGCUCACCGAAAACACGCGGCUGUCGACUCUGAGGCCCACAGCCUGCGUCAAGAGAAUCGAAUCCUGAAGGACACCGCCUCGAGGCUGCAGAUCGAAAAGGAGGCAUUCCACCGCGAGCAGCAAAGUCAGUCACUGCUACUGAACAACUUGGAGUUCAUCAAGGCCAACCUGGAACGAUCGGAGACUGAGGGCAGGCUUCGACUCGAGCAGCGACUAGAUGAUACUGUUAGGGAGCUGGCCGCCCAACGUCGCCACUUCCAGGAGGAAGAGGAGAAGUUCCGGGAGUCCAUCAACGAGUUCAGAAGGCAAACAGAGACUGCCAUAAAGCUGAAGGAAGAGGAGAAGCAGCAGGCGGAGAAAUGGCAGGCAGAGUUGUUGAACGUUCGGGAGGAGCUGGUCCAGAAGAACAAUCAGGUGACCGAGCUCAGCAAGAAACUCCAGGAGAGCCUCACGCCCUCAAUGAACGAAAACCCUAUCGCGGCGGCCAACAAGCGGGCUCGCGACUUCGAGCUCAAAUUCGAUCAGGCAACCGUGGAGAUCACAUCACUCACCAAAGAACUGGCAAAGGCCCGGGAGCACGGCGAACAGUUCUACAAGAUGUCGCAGAGCGCCGAAAGCGAAAUCAAGCGGCUGCAUGAACUGCACACCGAGCUGGUGGCCAAGCAGGAGGAGGAGAUCAAGAAGCUACAGAAUACCGAGGCUGAACUUAAGACCCGCAUCACCGACCUCGAGGCGGAGGCGAUGCUCUCGAAUGUCGCCGAGCAGAGCAAGAGCGUUAAUCAGUCGGAUCAGCUCAAGGUGGCGCAGGAGGAGCUGAAGGGCGUUCUCGAGAAACUGACGGAGUCGGGUCGCACCAUUCGCACCCUGCGUGCGGAGAAUACCAAGCUGGCAGAAUCUCUGAAUGCGACAGAGGUGAAGUAUGCCAACGAGAUGGUGCUGCACUCGGCAGACAUCCAGGAACUGACGCGCGUCAAGGCCGAGUUCUUCAAGGUCCAAGACGAACUGAAUCAGCUCAAAUCCGGACGAGAGUCGCUGCAGGCCGCCCACGACGAGUUGCUCCGCUCCAAUGCUGAGGCCCAAAAGCUGCUGGAGCGGGAAAAGGAGGAGUCCGAAAGUCGAGUGGUGGAUCUGAACGCCUUGAACGCCAGCUUGCACGAGCAGAUAGAAGCUCUGACAACGAAACUGACGGCUUUGGCCAGUCAGUCGCACAAUGCAAGCACUUCGAUCCUGAAUGAUUCCGCUAUGGAUGCCGACCAGAGCCUGAACGUUUCUGCCGGCGAGGACAACAAGAAUAACGAACAGCUCCUCAAGAUCAUCAAGUUCCUGCGCAAGGAGAAGGAUCUCUAUGCUGCCAAGUUGGACAUUCUAAAGGCUGAGAAUGCGCGGCUGGUGUCGGAGCACACGAUCCAACAGAAGAAGGUGGACGAACUGAAUGGCUAUCUCAACCAGGAGAGGGCCAAGAGCCAGGCCGACGUUGAAUCGGCCAGCAAGCACGAGGAGGUCCUGCGCAAGAUCGAGACUCUGAAUGCCAUUACGGACAGCAAUCGCAUCCUGCGCGAAGAACGCAACGCUCUGACGCUCCGUGUGGCUGAACUCACCGAACGCAUCAGUAGCGUAGAGAAGGAGCUGUUCCCGCUGCAGUGCAGCAACAAGGAGCUCACCUCAAAGAUCGAGGAGCUGAAUGUGGAGAACACCUCGCUGCGCACCGAGGCGAUCAAGUGGCGGCAGCGCGCGAACGCUUUGGUGGAGAAAAGCAACCGCAAUCCAGAGGAGUUCAAGCGCCUGCAAGGUGAGCGCGAGCAUCUGGCCAAGCUAUUAACCGCCGAAAAGGACAUGGCCAAGAAGCAGCAGGACGAGCUGGCUUCCCUGAAGCAGCGACUCGAUACCGAGCUGCCGUCGCUGAACAAGCAUCUCCAACUGCUGGACGAAGCUCGUAAAAAACAGGCUGAAGAGUCCAAUAACCUUAAGCAGACCAACACCCGCCAGGCCCAGGAGCUUAUGGAGCUGAAGAACCGCCUGCUCCAAAAGGAGGAAGAGCUACUGAAAGCCAACGAGGAGUUGGAGACCAAAGACAAAACCAUUGCUGACAAGGACACGAAGGAGUUGCAGCUCCGCAAACUGGCCAAGCGCUACAAAGACUAUUACAUGGGACUCCAGGCCCAAACCGGAAGCUCAGAAACCAUUGCCGACUUGGAGAAGGUGCGAACUGAGCUGGAAGAGGUCAACAACCAGUUGAAGGCCGCCAAGGAGGAUCAGGAGAAACUAUCCAGGGAGAACGACGAGCUGAAGAAGCGCACGGAACCCGAGACAGAUGCCUCAUCGGUGCGUCAGGAGUACAAAACGAAGCUGGACAAGUUGGUUGUGGACCUGACUGUGGCCCGUACUGAGUUGGCCAACCAGGAGUCUACCUUCGCAUCCACCAAGUCCUCCUACGACGAGACCAUUGCCCGACUGGAGAAGGAGCUUCAGGAGAAUAUUGCCGCAAAUAAGGACAUCAACCAGCGACUCACCCGUGAAAACGAAUCGCUGCACAUGCGGAUUAACCAACUGACUAGGCAAUUGGGCUCCCAGCAGUCCACGAAGCCGUCGACCAGCUCGGUGGCAGAAAAGGGCAACAUUUCAGAGAGCUCUCCACGCACCGCCAACGUGAAACCGAUGUCCGGCUCCGCCACAGUCCAGCAAUCGGCCACGGUUACCCCCUGGCGAGGUAGCGAAACUCCUUUGGCUAGUAUUAGACCCAUCUCUGUGCAGAACAGCCGCACUGCAGCCAUACUUCCUACCAGCCAGCAACCCUCGGCGGCCUCCAGUGCCUCCACUUCAUCCUCAUCGUCGUCAUCCUCCUCCACAUCCACGACGUCUGCUGCUGCGAGUGGAGGCAGCUCUGCAGUGGCCCAAACAGCCUUGGUGCCGCCUCAACAGCAGGUGCAUACCACGGGAAGCGCUGCUCUCGAAUCGAUGGCGUCUUCGUCACCCACAUCAUCGCACACGGAUUACAUGCCGUCCACCAGCUCAGCUGCAGUGGCAGUGGCUGCUAUUCCUCCGAUGGGCGCCUCAUCUGCCGCGGAAAGUUCUCAGGAGGCGGAAAGUAUCCAGCACCCGCAGCAGAACGAUGCCCAGCUAUUCGUGGGUGGAGCACAGCAGCAGGUGGUCGCUCUGGUGUCGCCACGUGUCGAGGGUUCCUCUUCAUCAUCUAGUUCCACCUCAGCUCCUAACGCAACAGUGCCAAGUAUCCAGGACGCCGGAAAUCAGAGCCAGCAACCCAGUACCUCGGGCAGCAGCAGCAGCUCCUCCACCGUGGUGAGCAGCCACAGCCGUCAUACUCCCUCCAGCAGCAAUGUGACCACUACCCAGGCCGGUUGCUCCUCAGUGGGCAUCAAGCGUCCGCGGGACGUGGAAGGCGAUUCCUCCACCACUAACGAAGAGGGCGUGCCCGAGAAGAUGGUCAAGAUGACCAAGCGACUUCGAGGACCCGUGCACAGCGGAGAACUCUCCGCUGGCCAUAUUGGUGACUCUGGAAUGGACGUGGACCAGAUGCCCACCUCCUCCCAGCGCGAUCAAGAGGACGAUAUCCAAGUAGUGGACUCGGACGACGAGGAGGAUGUUCUGGCGGAUGCCGACGAUGGUCCCAUUGAUGGCGGCGAUGCCGAACAAGAGGUGUACGAGGACUCCUACGAGCAGGAUAACGAGAUGGAUGACCAGGAGGGAGCGGACGACGACAAUGAGAUGGCUGCUGAUGCGCAGGACAACAACGAAGUUGACAUUGAAGAAGUGCCGGAGCAGCAACUUCAGGCGCAAGAGGAAAGCCAGUUGCUCGAUAGCCAGGCUGUAGCUGCGGUGGCCGUCCAGGAGAACAACCAGAGCCAAGCCAUCACCAGCGGCAGUGGCGAGUCCUCCAAUCCAGUGGCCGCCUCAACAUCUUCAGCAGCCGCUCGUCGGACCGAAAGUUCGUUGGAAAUCGUGAGCUCGCCCCAAGUGUCCAACUUCAGUGAGCAGCCAGCUCGUGUAGAAGCUGCCGAGGUGGAUGGCACAGCGGUCCAUACGGAGGGAGCCUCCGACGAAAGAGCAGGACCCAGUGUCGAAGGGACUGCGGCUGCCAGUUCUCCACAAAAGCAAGGCGAUGGCGGGGAAGGUAGUGGCAGCGAUGCCACUAAGGCAGGAGACGGUGACGACCAAGCUGGACGAGCGGAAAAUGCCAGCGAAGCGGAUGAAGCAUUCGCUGAAGAGACCCUAGCCCCUGGCCAAGAGGAGGAUUCCCAGCCGUUGGGAAACGAAAAUCAAAAUGUGGGCACGAGCCAGUCGGAGGUGUCCGAUAACCAGGCCGUUCACGGCGAGGGCAACCCCACGGAGGACAGCGAAGGCACUGAUGGCGUAUCGUCGGAGGGUGAGAAGCAGGCCGUGGGUGUGGAGGAGGAGGGUCGGGAGGCAGAGGCCACCUCUCCGUCGGAGAACACACGAUUCCGCACGCUUCGCAGUGCAGUGCCAACUCGUCGCGGAGGUCGCGUCCUGAUGCGCGGUAAUAGCCCCAACAACCCAAAUAGGCCGCAACGUAUCGUCUGGCAGCGAGAAACGUCUCCUGGUAAUGUGCAGCGCGAAACUAUGCCGCCCGGUGCGUCCAGUAACCGAGGAUUCACCCAGCGUGCCCGCAGCCGUCGUCCCCUCCGCCGGCCAUCUCCCAACAACUUCAACAGCGGCGGUCGUUUCCCUUAGGCGGAUGACGGAGUGGCCAUGGAUAGCAAUGCAGGGAGUAACGAGUGGCAGAGUGAAAGUUAAGCGAUAAGCGAGUUCAUACAGCACAUCAAAGAGGAUUCAUUUCGUUUCUUAGAGUUUAUACUUGUAUUAAAGGUUUAAUUUUUUUACAUAAAAGUUAAGUUAACACUUAAAAUACGAUGUAACGAAUCUCUCGCUUGUCGCUCUUCUCCCACUCUGACAUUGCAUCGCUUUCCAUGACCACUUUGUCAUCUGACCUGGGGCGAAGGGAACUAAAACGGACUCGUUGACGAAAGUCCGCUGUAGGCUGACUAAAAUCAUGGCGUAAACUGGGGUAGAUCUAAGGAUCCUCGCAUUUAAAUUUACAAUUAUUAUAAGUUCUUUCUAAGACGACGUCGAUAAAAACUACAAUUCAUUACUCAACAUUCUACCGCUUGCCAAGUUGCAGCUGCCAAGACGCAAAGAGCUUUUGUUCUUGUUUAUUAUUAUAAUUGUAGAGUUUUUUAGUAUGUCAAUAAAUAAUAUGUAAUGAUAA